AUGGCUUUAACACUAGGAAAAAAAAUUUUCAUUGCUAUGUUAAUGAUUUUCGGGACAUGGGCAUCUCAAGUCAUGUCCCGUACAUUGCAUGAAGCUCCCAUUGCUGAGAAAUAUGAGCAAUGGAUGGCUCAAUAUGGACGCACUUAUGAGGAUAAUGCAGAGAAAGAAAGGCGUUUUAUGAUAUUCAAGGACAAUUUUGAAUUCAUAGAAAAGUUCAACAAUGCAGGGAAUCAGAGUCACAAGCUAGGCAUCAAUAAGUUUGCAGACUUGACCAUGGAAGAAUUCAAAGCUACACAUACUGGAUACAAGUCUACCCAAUCAAAGUCAUCCAAAACGGUAUCACCCUUCAGGUACAACGAUACAGAGGACGUUCCAUCUAGCUUGAACUGGAUAGACGAAGGAGCUGUUACUGACGUAAAGGACCAAGGGCAAUGUGGUAAGGGAAUCACCAUAUUAUCGCUUGUAUCAUCAUAUUAUUAA